UUAUGUGCCACUAGAUAUUCUCAUGCUCGAUUGUAGCGAUCAAAUAAUGUUUAUUCAAACUACCGCAUUGAGUUAGGAGUGUUGCAUCGUUUCGCAAGUCCGUGGUGCUAAGCUGUUUAGGGAUUUAAACUCGGUAGAUUGUCUCGUUUAGCUCUAAGCACCCAUUUGCACUAAAAUUUCUACGUAUUUACCUACGGCAGAGAAAGUUUACUGAAACUAAAACAACCUCCUCUAUAGCUGAUUAAGUCUUCCCAUCGACCACGUGUAAGCAGCGUUAAACAGUUCUAAAGUAUAUAGAAGUAAAAAGGAAGGCCCGUCUCAUUGAUAAGGACACGAGAGAUUGACUCAGCCCAUAGACACAAACAUGUUGCUAUUUUGAAACGUUUUUAAGUGCGAUUAAUCGGAUCGAACCGGCCACAAAACUAAGCUUAAUCACAACAACUGCCCCCCUUCUUUCGUGCCUCGGGAAUAGCGAAGGUGGAAGACGAUGGCAAGUGUUGGUUUGACCCUCGAGAAGGCCCUUAUGACGACAAUGACCAGAAGCAGAGGGAGUACAAUAACAACGUCGAACGUCAGACUUUACCAACAACAACAACAACAACAACGGCAGCACAUGAUUAGGACAGCACGGGUCGAGGCUAAAUUGAAAGAUCUUCCGUGCGAAGGAUUCAGUUGCAAACGAGAAGCGAAACUGAAAGGAAGUGCAAGUGACUUAGAACACGGUUGGACAAAGUUGAACACACGUAGGACAAGUGACAGCAGUUGGAAGGGACUGAUUUCCGAGAGAAGAAGAUAUUAUCAUAGUUUUAAACGUUAUUCAAUUAGUGGACUGAUUGGUCGGGGCAAUAUGGUGCAUACGAAGAAUAGCAAGAAGAGCUUGGCCAGUCAGAAUGGAGAAGAUAUUUUAUCGUUUGGCAGGCACUAUCAUACCGAUACCAAGGACAGUCCGAACGAAAUGGCCAAACUGAUCGACGGAAAGCAAAUUGCGGCCGACAUUCGCGAGGAGCUGCGGGAGCUGAUCGCAGAAUGGAUGAAACAGGGCCCGAAUCGUGCUCCUCAGUUGACGGCUAUCUUGAUCGGAGAGGAUCCUGCCAGUAACACCUAUGUUUCAAACAAGAUGAAGGCCGCAGCCGACGUCGGCAUCAGUAGCAAAACGGAACGCUACGGAGCGGAUAUAACAGAGGAGCAACUGUUGAAGCGGAUCGAAGAGUUAAACAAUGAUGACUCGGUAGAUGGCAUUCUAGUGCAGCUGCCGGUUCCGGGUCACAUCAACGAACGCAAAGUGUGCAAUUCCGUGUCCUGCGACAAGGACGUGGAUGGUUUCAACGAGCGCAACAUUGGACGGCUCUGUCUGGAUAUGAACACUCUGAUUCCGUGUACUCCGCUGGGCGUACAGGAACUGAUCAAACGAACCGAAAUCGAGACGUUCGGUAAGAACGCGGUGGUUGUGGGUCGUUCCAAAAACGUCGGCAUGCCAAUUGCGAUGUUGCUGCAUGCAGAUGGACGGAACGACACUUGCGCCAUGGAUGCUACGGUUACGAUCUGCCACAGGUUUACUCCGCAGGAGGAGUUGACCCGUUUCUGUCGAUCGGCGGACAUAAUCGUCACGGCCACUGGCGUACCUGGACUGAUCAAAGCCGACAUGGUUAAAGAAGGGGCAGCAAUCAUCGAUGUUGGAAUUACCCGCGUGCAGGAUCCCGUCACUGGCAGGAACAAACUGGUGGGAGACGUGGACUUUGACGAGGUCCGCAAAGUGGCAGGCCACAUUACUCCAGUGCCGGGCGGUGUCGGUCCUAUGACCGUCGCAAUGCUGAUGAAAAAUACGUUUAUUGCAGCGAAGAAUUUGGCUCAAAAGAAGCGAGCAGGAAACGUGUGAGGAACAUAAGCCAUGAGGACAAUAAAUCGGUAGGAAUAAGGCAAGGAAAGAGUACAAGUGAAGAGACCCAGCCAACAUUGGAAGCAGAAUGAGAGCUUGUUCGGGGCAAAUAUGCCACUUUAACUAAAAUAUGGCUUAAUUGGCCUUUAAUUGGCUCAAACUGUUGGUCGGGGAGGCAGAUAAUCUUAUAUAUUUCGUUUAUAAGCCAGUAUUUUCGAGAGGUGUUUCAUUUUUAUUCAGAUCAUAUUAUGAUAAAAAAAUAUCGUAAAAAGAACAACGCCAAAGCGGCAGUUGUUAUUUUAAAUAAGACAAUGGAUCUGUUGAAAUAUAACUUAA